CGUCAUCCUCGCGCACGGCGCUUCCGUUCCUCGUGAGCCGGGUUUCGCGCCGGCUGCUUGUGAGGGCAGUUGUGGAGGGGCUGAGUGGUGCAAGUUUUCUCUAGUUGCUUUCUCUUCUCCGGGACGAUGGCCACAGACUCCUGGGCCCUGGCGGUGGACGAGCAGGAGGCAGCUGUUAAGUCGAUGGGCAGUUUGCAGAUCAAGGAAGAGAAAGUCAAACCAGAUACCAAUGGUGUUGUCAAAAUCAGUCCCACUGCAGAGAAGACAGAUGAAGAGGAGAAAGAGGACAGAGCUGCCCAGUCUUUACUCAACAAGCUGAUCAGAAGCAACCUUGUCGAUAACACAAACCAAGUGGAAGUCCUGCAGCGGGACCCCAACUCCCCUCUCUACUCAGUGAAGUCUUUUGAAGAGCUCCGCCUGAAGCCACAGCUUCUCCAGGGAGUCUAUGCCAUGGGUUUCAAUCGGCCAUCCAAGAUACAAGAGAAUGCAUUACCUAUGAUGCUCGCUGAACCGCCUCAGAACCUAAUUGCCCAGUCUCAGUCUGGCACUGGAAAAACAGCUGCCUUCGUCCUGGCCAUGCUCAGCCGAGUGGAACCAGCAGACAGACACCCUCAGUGUCUGUGCCUGUCCCCAACAUACGAGCUGGCGCUGCAGACAGGUAAAGUGAUCGAGCAGAUGGGCAAAUUUUACCCGGAGCUCAGGCUUGCUUAUGCUGUUCGAGGCAAUAAAUUGGAAAGAGGUCAGAAGAUCAGUGAGCAGAUUGUCAUUGGCACCCCCGGGACAGUCCUGGACUGGUGCUCCAAGCUCAAGUUCAUUGACCCCAAGAAGAUCAAGGUAUUUGUGCUGGAUGAAGCUGAUGUGAUGAUAGCAACCCAGGGCCACCAGGAUCAGAGCAUCCGCAUCCAGAGGAUGCUGCCCAGGAACUGCCAGAUGCUGCUUUUCUCUGCCACGUUUGAAGAUUCUGUGUGGAAGUUUGCCCAGAAGGUAGUCCCAGACCCCAACAUCAUCAAACUGAAGCGCGAGGAGGAGACACUGGACACCAUCAAGCAGUAUUAUGUCCUGUGCAGCAACAGGGACGAGAAGUUCCAGGCCUUGUGCAACCUCUAUGGGGCCAUCACCAUCGCACAAGCCAUGAUUUUCUGCCACACCCGCAAAACAGCUAGUUGGCUGGCAGCAGAGCUCUCAAAAGAAGGCCAUCAGGUGGCUCUGCUGAGUGGCGAGAUGAUGGUGGAACAGAGGGCAGCGGUGAUCGAGCGCUUCCGAGAGGGCAAAGAGAAAGUGCUGGUGACCACCAAUGUGUGCGCCCGAGGUAUCGAUGUGGAGCAGGUGUCUGUUGUCAUCAACUUUGAUCUCCCUGUGGACAAGGAUGGGAACCCUGACAAUGAGACCUACCUGCACCGGAUCGGGCGCACUGGCCGCUUUGGCAAGAGGGGCCUGGCCGUGAACAUGGUGGACAGCAAGCACAGCAUGAGCAUCCUCAGCAGGAUCCAGGAGCAUUUCAAUAAGAAGAUAGAAAGACUAGACACGGAUGACCUGGAUGAGAUUGAGAAAAUAGCCAACUGAGAAGUGCCCCGGUCCCUGGUUCCGCCCUCGUCACCUCCCCAGGAGGGAGCCCAGUGCUCACACGGCCCCAGCCUUGACACUUCCCAGAGACGAAGGCGCAAGGAAGAAACUACCUACCUCAUUAAAUUAUGUUUGGACUUGACCAAAACUUGUAGAGACAACAGGGGACAAUCAAAGGAAAUCACAUUUUUGGAAAUACUCUUCUCUGCACCUUUCAAAGUCGUGAUGUGCCCUGUCCCUCCAGUAGUCUGCUUUCCAUCGAUGUGACUGGCUCCAGACCCCCCUGCCUGCUGUCUGGCUGGGGUGCUGAGACCAGCCUGCACCCUAAAGUGAGAGGUGGACAUCUCUAGGAGGGCAAGACCCGCCCAGCCACACCCGAUGCCAGGAAGAGUUGGCUGCAGGGCCCUUGAGCCAGCGGCACUGCAGGACCUGUCCGCGAGGGUUUCCCCAUCAUGGGGUUCUUCUGAAAUUAGAGAUGCCAGCACCCCUUCCCUCGGCUGUCUAGAGCAGAUGCUUUCCUGCUUGCUCUCGCGUGAGCAUCUUGGUGCUGUGGAGAACUCCCAACUGGGACCUACAGUGGCAGGUGGCUCCCAGCUCCGGAGAGGUCCCAGGCCUGGUGGGCGAGUCCAUGAGGCUCCGGCCUGGCUUCCCCUCCUCCCCGUUGCUCCAUGGAAUGGAACCCAGGAGACUCCCAGGUGUUCAUGGAGCCUCACCUGGCCCACUUAUGUGGUACUGAUUCAUAGGUAUCCUUCCUCUGGAGAGGAGGUGUCAGCCUGUGUGGGCUCCGGUGCGGCUCUACCCACGCCGUGGCCUUGAUGGAUUUCAUAGUUCAUACACGGUAUGAGUAGGGAUAGAACUUUAUCUGCGUGCAUCAUUCAGUAUAAGAAAUUUUAAAUGUAAUUAUGAGAAAUGCUUUACUAAUCAUGACUUAUUUGUAUUUUUCUGCUUAUUAGGCUAAUUUAUGCUCAUUAAAAAGACUGUGUAUAUAA